AUGACAGCUUGUGCCAAUCUCGACAGUCAAAUCUUCUGGAGCCCGAGCGAACUGGAUAAAAAAGCAGCCCGCAGACAGAAAUUGUCCGAAUCUGCAGAAACGGCGCAGCCGCCAAUUUCAAAGCAGAAUCUUGGCUCUCUCGGUCUGUUCGGUGAGCUGACCAGGGCUUCAAUCAUUCCACAGGAAGAGAUGUCACCCAGCACAGCUGAAGCUAUCUACAUUUCGGACGAUGACGAGCCGCUCCCGAUGAUCGAGGAAUCAGUGCAUUCUCCAGAGCGAACGAAGAGCAACUCUCAAUUCGUUGAUCAAACGGAGAACGGUGGAUUGCUGUCUCGAGGAGACAGGCCCCAGCGAUCUGCUCAAGCCGCCGUAUUAUCACCGGCUGAGUCCAUGGUGGACUCUCCAGCUGGAAUCAUAUCGUCACUACCUAGUGUCACCGUUUGCACUGGUACUUCGGUGGCUGCUACGUCGCACACCGGAAGCCUCGCACUCAAAUACCAGCGUCCAGGUCCUGUGCCACUUCACGAGGAACCCUCCGCCAGGGCUGACUUGCCAAAGCUGGUCGAGACGUGCCCCCGGCAUGACUCUGCCAGGACGGAGAAUGUUUUACAUUCACCUCCUGAUUUGUCUAGGCAGGGCAAAUUGUCGGAUCCGCACACACUUAAGCAGCCAUCACACGAGGGGGAAGGAACAGUGGCGAGCGCUCAACCUUCUGAGCGAUGCGAUGCAGAAGACACAAGCGGCGUUCCAGACAUUGCAGGCCACUGCCAAGCGACGAACAUUAAAAUAAGCGAGAGCGGCGAUUGCCAGUCCAGUGAGACGGAUCAGUUACUCCGCCAGCCAGGAAAAAGGCAGAGACAGAGGCCAGUUCAUCAAACUCCGGAACCAUCAACCGAGGACCGGUCUGUGGACGCCGCAAGUGGCGCAGCAGAAGAAGACUUUACUUCUACUGACGACGAGGAGCCACCACAUAAGCGUCGCAAAGCUCGGCCUACUUCAAAAAAGGUUCAAUCCUCGAAUGAUGGCAGUGCCCUUCGUCGGUCAAGAAGAUUGAGCCCACCACAAUCCGACUCGGUUGAAGAAGAGGCGGCUAGCUGCGGCCCCCAUCUUGCGCCUGCUAUAUUCGACGAGUGGUCUCUAAAGGAUCCGUCUUUGAAAUUCACGCAGGUGGACGGCCGGACUACUUUGACCAUUCAAUUCGACGUGGAGGACCUCAUCAUGCACAGACCUGGCGAAAGAAUUGAGCAGCAUGGUCGCAACGCUAAUUCGAUAAGAAGGAAUGCAAGACCAAGAUUUACUAAAAAAGAAGACAAUUUCAUAAUCGAUUGGAAGAAUAAUGGGUACAGUUGGAAGGCCAUUUGUGAGGGUCUUAAUGCUGAGUUCAAAGCACAGCGCUCGCAAGGGUCUAUUCAGGUUCGGUAUUCUACAGUGUUACAGGGGCGGUCUAAAUAG